AGUGGAUUGUCUGCUCGGUUAACUUUGUUUAUCUGUCAAGGAUAUAUUCAGUUCAGUUUUAAACUUCGAAUAUCAAAAGUUGAAAAUAAACAUAGAGCUUGGUUUAUAUUUUCAAUAGGUGUGAAAAUUAACAAACAAUGAAAAUUCAUGGAAUUAAAAGCAUUUUUGUCGGUUUUAUGACCUUCAGCAUGAUUGGUUUCUCAGGAAGCCUUGCGCCAGAAAAGAUUUGUUCCACUGUCCAGAAUAUCGAAGAAGCUUUCCAGAAGUCAGCAUGCAAGCCGAUUGGAUAUAUUACAAUGUUAACCUGGAUCGUUCAACAAACAGAUAUAAAAGAAAUGUGCACACAAUUAAAAGUGUUGCUGAAUUGCGUUGCUCAAUCAAUUUUUGGAUGGAGUGAGCUUGAGAAAAUAGAGCUGUGUGUCCUGCACAUGCGUACUGCACUUCGAAACAAACGUGUGGACUCAAUGUUCGCAACAUUGCCCUUUAGAUGGGAGUCCUGUGAAAGGGUAUGGUGUCAAAUCCGGCGCGAAUACACAGAUGAUCAAUUCAGGUGUAUUGUAAGGUGCCUUCAAAUACCCGCAGCUAAAGUUAUUGGAGGAAGUCUUGCUUUAAUAUGCCUUGUUUUGUUUUGUCUUACCGCCGUUCGAUUAUUGCCCACGUUUAAUGCCGAAACCUUUAUGGCCUGUUUUAUAUUUUUGGGCGUAGUUUUACAAGACUACUUUAAUGCAAUCGUGUUAUAUUUGAUUCCAGCAGCUACUAAAGCAAGAGCUGCACAUUACUGCAAUUGCUGUUAAAUAUAGAGCAGUGUUUAAUGAAUGUGGUGAAUAAUAUGAUGAAAACUACAAUUACAAACCUGGAU